AAUUUCAUUAAAAAUAACGCGAUGUACAGUUUGGCUCAAAAGUUAUUCUUUUCAGUCAUUAUCUGAAUACAGAUGUAUUUGUAUUUGUUAGGGUUUAUUUUCCGAGAGUCCUGUGCGCAAAGGGUUGAACUUGAACCCGGAAGAAACGUUGAGUAAGUCUGCUCGGCAACAAGCGCCAUAAUGCGUUGCAGCGCGCGCGCGCGCAUCCUGCCAGCAGCUGGAGCCAAACAUGGAGCAGCUGGAAGAAGAGCUGACGUGCCCGAUCUGCUGCGGGCUCUUCGAGGACUCCCGCGUCCUCUACUGUUCGGACAGCUUCUUUCGGAAGUGCCUGAGCGAUCUCCUUGAAUCUCCCCGGGGCUCUUCUUUCUCCAGAUCGCCGUUUAGGUGCCCAAGCCGCAAGGAGAGCUCGGACAACGGCGCCAACAGCCUGCAUGUCAAUUACUCCCUCCGAGGCAUCGUAGAGAAGUACGCCCUCCUCAAAGUGGCGCCCAAAACGGGCUUGUGCGCUCACCACACCGUGCAGCCACUCAACAUGUUCUGCGCCACCGACCAGAAGAGCGCCACGGACCUGAGGCGGCUCUUUUGCGGCUGUUGCGCGACCGCCGACGAGAACCGGGGCCACCGUUAUUGCUCCCUCGAGGAAGCGUACGAGAUAGAGAGGCGCGCCUUUGAUGAACUGCUGCGUGGCGCGGAGGGCUGGCCGAGCGUGGAUGCCCUCACCUCCAUGGAGACUCUGCAAGCCGCCAAGAAGGACGCGGAGCGGGCGAUGUACAAGUUGGCAGCCGCGCUGGAGAACAAGAACGAGAUCCUGUGCGACUUGGAGACGCACAGGCUGGCCGUCAUGCAGGCGUACGACCCGGAGAUGACGCGGCUGCCCGACAGACCGGACCGCCAGCGACUGACCGCGGCCGAGGCGUUCCGCGGAGUCACGGAGCCGCUCGGCUUCCUAGAGCAUCUGCACGACUUCCGACAAAUGUUGGCUGACCUGAAUGAGGAGGAGAAAAAGAAGGAUGAGAAAACUACCUGUCGGAAACCCACGGAAGUCGCCCCUCUCGUCGUCAAAAAUUGGGGAGGCUCGGUGACGUCGAUAAAAUGACACUGCCCCACGAGAGGGGAAGGUGGCGGCUGAGACGUCACGCCGGUGGUCCAUGCGCUGGCUUGCGGCGUGGGGUCUCUUCUUGGCGCCGUCCACGUUGGAGCACGGUGGCAGCAGCAAUGGGGAGCGCCUGUGGCAGAUGAUUGGCGAGUUCACGCAGGUCGUGGGCAACAUCAUUGACGCCCUGUCACUUACAUUGUCAUUUGUACGUUGAUUUAAGUGAAGGUAUUUGUAUUUAUACACAUUUCUUCUUUCACCUUUAAAUUCUGCAGCCUGGACGCAAAAUGAGUACAUUCUUUUUUUUAUACACCACCUAAUUAAAUGUGGUGUUUUUUGUUCCUUUCCCUUGAGGCUUUUCCAAAUAAAAACACGAUCGUUUUAAAUGCUUGUUUGAAUUAAACUGGAUGCUACAAUUGAUUUAAAUCUACAUUUACCCACGCGUGUCUUUUCAAUGUGACACUGGUUUCACAACAGGGCCUGCGUGGAAAAAAAAGGAUUGCAAAAAAAGUCAUCACCCCAGAAAAAGGCAACGAUCUUCAUCAAAAGCCAAAACCAACGCAAAACGAUGAUUUAUUUACCAAAAAAAAGUCAUAUUAAAACCACAAUUUACGAAAACAAA